AUGGAUGUGAACGGAGAAACAUCAGUAACUUCUAGCGGCACGUCUCCAGUCCACAGCAACUAUCCCACUCCUGAAGUGUCCCCCUCAGAGCACCACAGUAGCAGCUCAGACACCUUGGACCACGCCAGCCCUCGACAAGGCACCAUCAUCCCCAACCGCAUCUUUGUUGCAGGCUUGGACCACAAAGUAUCUGAGAGUUACCUGUGGCACAUCUUCUCUGAGUACGGGACAGUCACCAAUGUCAACAUUGUGAAUAACCGCUCCAGACUCACUAAACGUUAUGGAUUUGUGACAUUUGAAGACCCAGAAGAUGCCAGAAAACUUCUCCUUGAUGUGAAUGGAGUUUAUUGUAAAGAGAAGAGACUCUGCAUUCGUCCGGCCUUUCAUAAACAGCACGACUCAGGAAAUUACCAAAGGCCCAUGUUUAGUAUGGAACCUAUGCCAAUGCCUUCUGGGACGGUAUACCUGACCACCUCUGGUUUCCCCUACACUUUUCACAAUGGAGUGGCCUAUUUCCACAGCCCACGGGCCGGCCCCAACCCACACCUCUGGACCCCUGAAAUUCAUUCCUGGUUCUCCUCCAACUUCCUCCAACUUAACAGUUCUAAAACCGAAGUCCUCCUAGUAGGCACCCCCUCUACUAUCUCCAAAUCCAACAGCUUCUCCAUCUCCAUCCAUGAUUCCACUGUCCUUCCUUCCCCUCAGCAGCCAGCCCCUGUGACAGUCCCUCAGCCCUGGCAACCUCUCUAUCACCAACCAACCUACCACCACCAGCCGUGGUACUCCCAAAACCAUUACCAGUGGAACAAUGCUGAAUCUGUUGGCUCUGGUCCAGUGAUGUACGCUCAGCAUGAUUACCUCCACCACGUCCCAAAUGGAGUUUCAGUCCCUCAGCCCCUCAUGGACAACUCCAACGCAGAGAAUCACACGUACACGUACACGUCCUUCGCAGUCCCUCCUCUUCCUCCUGCAGUGGCCUACUCUUACAUCAGAAACCAGUCUGACCAGGGGAACCAGAGCCCCCAGACUGGAGGCUCCUAA